AUGAACGAAAAACGCGUCAUUGAUCAAUACAUUGGAAAUACGUCAAAAAUCAAAGAAAAAAAUCCUACAACAAUUUUCCUACAAGUACAAGAAGCUAUUAAAUGCAUUCAAAAUAAAUCUCAUUACACCAAACACCUAGCACAUAUUAAUUAUCAAUUACCAUUUUGUUUAUUUGUAGAUGCUUCCCUUCAAAGCACUGGAGCUGCUUUUUUUCAACCUGCUUCUAUCGAAACCUUCAAUGUAGCAAAACCUUUUAAGUCGACAUUACAUUGUGUUGCACUAUAUUCAAAAAAACAUGAAUAUAAAGUAAUUCCCUUCAUUAUAGCUUUAGAAUUAAAAGCGAUUUCAGAUUCUCUUACCUUUUUUGGUGAAUUAGUCGCCACCUGCUCCAUACAUAUUUAUACAGAUCAUAAAAAAAAGAAAAGAAUGAACAUCAAUGAAAUUGAUGUUAAAUAUCUUGAGUUACAAGAUACAAAAAAAGAACAUUGCUUUAUUUCAUUUGAAUAUGCUAGAAAAAUAUUUCAAGAUGUACAUUGUGACAUGAAUCACAUUUGUCUUCAAAAAGUUUAUAGUAUAGUCAAACAAUCUUUUAUAAAAAAUUAUCAAAAGAAAUCAAAAAUAAAAUCAAUCCUACGAUCACAUAGAAACCUUAUAUCUAAUUGCAAAAUUUGUAUUGAAAGAAAUGAUAUCAAAAGAAAAAGAAUUCCUGAAAUGGAAGAUUAUCUACAAUUAGAACCUUUUGAAUCUAUGGCAGUAUAUAUAACAUAUGUGGACAACACUCCUAAUAUUGCUGCAAUUUGCAGAUUCUCUAAAUAUGUUAUAAUUAAACAGAUCAAAAAAGCAAAUGCGCACAAUGUUACUGAAUUCUUUACAUAUGAUAUCUUCGCAUGA